AUGGCCAACAGCAAAUACUCGGCUUAUCGUCCCGCAGGGCGUGAGCAUGUACCUAUUUAUCCCAAAGGCUUUAUUGCCCUGCGCAUCGUCCAGCUCGUCCUGGCGUUGAUUAUCCUCGGUCUCUGCGCCUACUCGCUCACUUCCGAUUUGAGCUUUUCCGGAGGUGCCCUUAAUGUCUUUACUUCUGUAGCAACUCUCAUCAUCAUGGGCUAUCAAAUCGUUGCCCAUUUUGGCCCAGCUGUCAUAUAUAAUUACUGGGCCAUCCUGGCCUUGGAUGUUUUCGGCAUCAUCUUGUGGAUCGCGUCCUUCGCCUUGCUCGCUGCCCAGAUAGCUCCUGUUAUGGCGACAGGAGUAGUCCUCGUAUGCGGCUAUGAUUGCGAAUGGGCGUACCUCACUACAACGGGGUGGGCCGUUGCCGCGUGUCUGUGUGCUGCGGCAGGACUGGGUGGCAUAGAAUUCAUACUUGCCAUCGUUGCUCUGGCUAUGCAUUCUGUCAUGAUGCACCGACAUCGUUCAGCCGGUCUUCACAACAGACCAGUCUCGCCCCAGUUCCGCGCGGAGCAGGGCUUCCCAGCAGGUGUCCCUGUCCAGGCCGAGAAGGCCCAGCCAUUGCACAACAUCGCUCCUCAGCCGUAUGCCAGCUCCCAACCGACAGCCGUGGCUACACCAAGCCCAGUGCAGGGGCAGCAGAUGUACCAGCCCCCGUCAGCUCCCGCCUCGAGCACAGUGGCUCAGCCCACCCCUUACUACCCUCAGCAGCAGCAGGGCCCGGUCCAGCAGGAGCAUACGGGGUCCGGCUUCGGGAUGGGACAGGUUCCGGCGCCGCACAUGGGCAGCUAUGAAGCCCAGAGCCAACCUGUUGGUCACCAACAGCAAUACCAUCCAGCGGUGGGCCCGAAUUGA